AUGUUGGUAGUUCGAUGGUUUGGCAGCAUGUGUUUGGUUCUCUGCUACCUGUUCCUAGUUUUCAGCAGCUGUGCAGCAGUACCUAGAAAAACAGCAUCGGCGCUGGACGAUGUUUUCGACGAAGAUUUUGGAAAUUAUAUUGGAAAGGGUGCUUUGACUCAAGGCACUGAAAAUGUGGCCGAGAACAAUGGUGAUUAUGAUGAAGAAGAAAUAGAUCGGGACAUGGAAGAAGGAAAUAAACAUGGAAGAAACAAUAAAGAUCACGAUGCAGACAUUAGAGAGAAUGAAGAGGAAGAGAAUGAAAAUGUCGAUGAAAAUAAUAAUGGAGAUGAAAACGACCUAGAUAACUUAGACGAAAACAACGAAGGGAAUAACAUUGAAGGUCAGUAUGAAGAUCGGAGGUGGCGUGGCCGAGCUGUAAGAGUGCUGGACGUUUAAUUGGGCGGUCUCCAGUUUACGUGCUGCACUAAAUCCAAGUCCAGCGCUCAAAUCCUCGGCCACUCUUGUAAAAUAGCCAACUGGUUUUCCUCGUACCAUUUGGGAUUUUUAACCGUGACAUGUUCCAUUAAAAAUUGUUUGUUUCAUUAUCCUCGAAAAGCCCCAUAAGGGGAGAGGAUAAUUAAAAUAUUAUUAUCAAUAUCAUUGUCAUUAUUAUUAGAUCAACUGAACACAGAGGAUAACGACUGCGAGGAUGAGGAAGGAGAGAAUGAAAAUGAAGAUGAUGAAACAGCAGUGAAGGAAGAAAAUGAGUUAGAAGUUGUUUCAAGAUAUGAUAAAAAUAAAAAUGAUAACGAAGGUAAGAUCUUCAGAUCUGAUAAGAACAAAAAAAUUAAAUUAAAAAAACACACACACACUUUGGCCUAUUGAAGAACCUCAUCUGAUUUCAAUACACCGAUAUCAAAAUCGCAUGAAACACUAAGGCAAAGGCCAAACGAUGAAACUUUUGCCGAAAUAAAAUUUGUGAGUUCAGUUCGUCUGAAUGAGUUUCGAUCGUACUACACGUUCUAUCGGUCUGUUCAGACGGACAGAAACGUCUGAAGAUCGUCUUUGGGACAAAUGGCGGUCUUGUUCCCAUGCAAAGAACUAAACUAAUAAAUUAAAAAUUUGUAUCGUAUUGGUAUAUUUAGCCUCGUGCGGGGAAAAUUUUAUGAAAAUUUCUUUUUGGUCUGAUUCAGUUGAACGGUUCGACGUCUGACCCAACAGAAGAUCCUACCUUAAUUCAGGUCGACCAAAAUUAGAGUCUGUUUCGUCUCAUGAAAAGUUCGACGUUUGACUACAAUAGGCCUAAGGUGAGUAUUCUCAAAUCAAAAAGAAUGAUUUGAAGAAAUUAUUAUCUGAAGCUCGCAAAAAUUUGAGGUUCUUAAGAUCGGAUAUCUAAAACACUUUCAUAGUAGCAAUUUUCUUUACUUUCUUUUCGUGAAAUAUCAAAUAAUUUGAGGAAGUGUUUCCACUUAUAAAUGGAAAAAAUGAAACGUUGUCUGCUCGUGGAAGUGGUACUGGGAUAUUAGUUUUUAACACAUUGGUUACUCAAAUAACACAUUGGGCAUUAUUGUUUUGUUAUUCUCUUUUUUAACAAAUUAGACUUUGAAAUCGAGAUGAAUAGUGAUAGGUUGAAAAACGAGAUGCCAAUCGGCAAAACACAGAGUUCAGGCCAAACAUUUUGAUUCUUUCAUGGGGAUUACGAAUUAUCCUCUCUCAACGGAGUCAAUAUUUCUCCAAUACAAAUAUCAAUGCAAGACUUAAAGACUUAGUGUGGGACGAGCCUUGGUGGGAUACAAGUGAUUGCACAGUUUAUAAAUCCAUAUGUAUUAAAUUUAAUUCAUGCUACACCUCUCCGUACUACAAUUGUUAGUGUUUCAUAUCUUAUAUGUUUUCAAGCAUGUUAUGUCGCUUGGUAUAUGAACGCUUCAAUAAGAGAUAAACUGUUGCAUCUCAAUGACCUUUGGUCACGAACAUUGAUUGAAUAACCGACUGAUGAAUAACUGAUAAGAGUUCGUGCUAUCGCGACUGUAUAUCUCAAGUUGUGCGUUUUCACAGACGUCUCUCCUCAGUCACCUUUCGCAAAGCUACCUGUGAGGGAACUAAAAAGCAAUUGUGAGUAACAUAGUUGAAUUCAAUAACAGUCUUGUUUACUGUGUUGAUGAAUUUAAUUUCCACGUUCAUGAUCUACUUUGAUUCCUUCUGUUGAUACUGGAAUUCUUAAAUAACUAGGGCUUUCUUAUUCACGCGCACAAUUAUGAAAGCGGUUCUCAACAUCAAUCACACCUUUAAGGUAAAAGCACAUGUUCGCCCGCACCUCCUAACCGAUGGUUACUGCUAGUCCUUUUUUUCACCUCACUAGGAAUAAAUCAGCAUGAAACUGAAGACCAUCAGCGUAGGCGACGAAGAUGUCGAAGACGUGGGCGAUUCAGGAUACGCGUUAAAGUCAUGAGGCUUGGUCAAGGAUAUCAAGGACGUCGCAUCAUAUGCGUAGCAAUAUGGGGCCGUAGACGCCGUAGGAACCGCCGGAGACGCCGACCCAUCAAAAUACUAUGUACACGAAUUAGGCGACGCCGAAAACCUACUCCGGCCCCCACUCAGGGACCUACGCAGGGAACUCCUCCGGAACCUACUCAGGGACCUAGUCAGGUACUCACUCAGGAACCUACGCAGGGAACUCCUCCGGUACCUACUCAGGGACCUAGUCAGGGUCCAACUUCUGAAGUUACGCAGGGAACUCCUCCGGGGCCUACACAGGGACCCAGUCAGGGACCUCCAGCACCUACUCCAAAAACUACUAUGGGAACUCCUCCCGUACAUACUCAGCCACAAACUCCCAAAACUACUCAGGGACCUCCUCCAAAACCUACUCAGCGACCUACUCAGCGACCUACUCUGACACCUACCCAGCUACCUACUCAGGGACCACCGGGGCCUUCUGAAGGACCCGCCACAGGACCUACUGCUGGACCUACUCCAGGACCUUCUCAGGGACCUACCGACGGGUCCACUGAUGGGCUUACUGAGGGACCUUCCCAAGGACCCACUGCGGAAUCUUCGGCACCUAGUCCUGGAGGGACAGAGCCCACCCCUGGAGGAACAGAACCCACUCCAGCAGGACGAUAG